CCAAGUCUCCGAAGGGCUCCUAACCACGCGCGCCCUGCCGUACCCAACCCGGCCACGUGGUCUCCAACUGGGCGGGAUACCAUCCUAAACCCAAACCGAACUCAGUGAGUGUAGAAAACGUUGAAUCCGUCGCUGGCUGCUACUGGAAGUCCCGGCUAACCUAAAGAUCUCAACCUGAAUGCCGCAGCAGUCGUCAUUUGAGUCUAUCGGCGGACCCAUAAAGCUUUCAACAUCCUCGCCCGGAGUAUAAUGUCCACUGGUGAGCCGGACUCAGCUGGUUCCCAUGGACUAGGACUUGCGGCUACACUAGGCGGGGGCUCCUCGACCACCUCAUCAACCACCGGCCCGUCACUCUCCGUUAUGGAGCCCCCAGCGAACAUCAUCAUGAAAGCCAAGGAAGAGCCGGACUGUGAUAUGGAACGUAAUAUAGACUCCAGCAUGGAUAGUAGUGCCCUGGCCAAUUGCCUCUCGACGACGAUCUCGGCCCUACGAGCUAGUCACAAUGCCAGUCUCAUCGCAAACCGCGACAACAGCGUCGACGAUAACCUCUCGGAUAAUUCGGAAUCAACGACUACCAGCUCGGCAGCCGCCCAGCUCCUAGAAAGCCUCAAGAACAACCUCAACAACAACAACAACUCCAGUGCAAUUAACAACAACAACCUGCUACACAACAACAACAAUAAUAAUAAUAACAACAACAACAACAAUGGCAACCGAAAACUGUUCGAGUGCGAUGUGUGCAAUAUGAAAUUCUCCAACGGUGCGAACAUGCGCCGGCACAAGAUGCGCCACACCGGUGUCAAACCGUACGAAUGUCGUGUAUGUCAGAAGCGAUUCUUCCGCAAGGACCACUUGGCGGAGCACUUUACCACGCACACCAAAACACUGCCCUACCAUUGCCCGAUCUGCAACCGAGGUUUCCAAAGACAGAUAGCGAUGCGUGCACAUUUCCAGAACGAACACGUUGGUCAGCACGACCUGGUCAAAACCUGCCCUCUCUGCAGCUACCGAGCGGGAACGAUGAAGUCCCUUCGGGUGCACUUCUUCAACCGGCACGGAAUCGAUCUGGACAACCCUGGCCCGGGAACUCCGUCAUCCCUGUUGCUGGCACUGGAUCAGCACAAUCCGGCCAAUCUCUUACCGGCCCUGGCCGCCAUGAAUGCCGUCAACGCGUUCAGCGACUCCGGCGAUUCGAUGCGUUCGGCAGACAAUGCAACACCACCGAUGCACUUCCUCACUCCGCACGUGGAAAUCUCGAUGGCGGAUAACAACGAAGUGGCCCUGAAUUGCAGUCGGGAUGCCCUGAAUGGUACCAAUUCGCACGAACCCAGCAGUGCGGGGUCCAACCAUGGCAGCGGAAAUGGUGGCAACAACGACCGAAGAACUCCGACUCCAUCGAUUUCCUCCGGACUGGACAUCAAGGCCAUCGUGCGGCCCUCGUCACCGCACUCGGCCGAUUCCAAUGCACCCUCCAGUUCCCACUCGUCCUCCAUGCUUCCAUCUCUAGUACAAAGCUCAAGGCAUAUUAUUUUUGAUAACUCUAUUACACCGUCAAUCAGCCUAAUUCCCAUCAAGCAGGAACCAACGACAAACGAUGAGUACAAUGAAACCAAACCACGAAGUAACAGCACUUCGGAAAAUCCGACCUCCAAUAUCAGCAACUCGAGCGACAGCGUGACACCGUCCUCCAGUCUCACUUCGCUGAUCAAGGUGUCCCCACUCAAAUCGCUCCUCCGCGAGGAUCUCAAACGGCGAAUCUCAGCCCGGGCCACGAGCCGUGCCAACCGCAACGGGCUGCUUACCUCACCGAACCCGACCAGCAGUCCGAUACCGACCAGUUGCAGCAAUGCUACCUCCUCCCCGGCCCCCGAGUGCGGUACCUCAUCGAGCAGCUCGAGCAGUAGCAGCAGCAGCAGUAGCAGUAGCAGCAGCGGUAUCGGCACCAGCGUCAACGGUACCUCCAGCAGCAGCAGCUGUAGCAUCAGCAAUAGCAAUGCUACGGCCGUAGCCGUUGCCACUACCUCAAACGGUACCAUCACGUCCACGGGACCGGAAACCGACAUGCUCCUGUCCGGGGGACCCAAGUCGAAGCGGCACCUGCAGUGCCUGUUCUGCGGCAUCGAGUUCCCCGACCAGACGCUGUACUUCCUCCACAAGGGUUGCCACAGCGAGAGUAAUCCGUGGAAGUGCAACAUCUGCGGCGAGCAGAUGAGCAAUGUGUACGAAUUCAACUCCCAUCUGCUCAGCAAGAGCCACCAAUGAUGUUAGGCGAGGGAAAGGGAAACAUUUUGCUGGUAAUGUUUCUCUUUUUCUGAUCGCUUCCCCUUCAGAAACCACAUUCACACAGAGGCAUACCCGUGCAGGAGGUAUGUACUAAGGAGAACACACACACACCACAAAAAGGAACAACCGGAUCAAACAAACAAACAAUAGCAAUUUUCUCCUCUUUUCUUUUUGAGUUGGACUGAACCACUUUUCUCCUCAUCCGGAAGCAUAAAACUUCUAUUUUCAGUUUCCUUAGCCCAAUCGCAGUAGCGACGGGACAUAAGAUUGAUGCUGGGGCGCGGAUAAGCCACGCCCCACUUCAGCCACUUAAGACAGGGAUAAGACAGUGAUGUGAAUCAGUCGUAACUGACUUUAAACUGUUUGUUAGCAAAAAUGAAAAUCUGCUUCUAUCCUUCGAUCUACUAAAUUGCUUCUUAAAUCCUUAAUUUUCCUACUUUCCUAAGUCUUCUUCACUCAUCUUGCACACAGAAAAUUGUGAGGAGAAAAUUUAGAAAUUAUUGAAUGCAAAAGAGAAAAGUAUAUUUAUUGUCCGUCCAAUAGAGUUAAAUUAAAAAAAAAUGAGAACGUAGAAGCAAAAUGAUUUACACAAACACAAUUACACACACACACACAUGCAGAUGCAGAUGCAAAUAGCCAAAGGAAAAAAAAACAAAAGAUGAAGAUAGUGACCCGAAUUUUCCGCGGAAAACUCGGGUGCUGAAAAGGUUCGCGUCCAAUGGUUUAGAGUCACGGAGAUCAAUUUUGUUUUGUGCACCACAUUUGGCUUUGCCUCCCUGUCGACCAACCGUUCAGCCGUUGUGGAGUGAAACCCGGCAGUAGUGAUUAGUAGUAGUGCGAGUGCGCAGCCAGUGCGUAGCAAGGGAGGACAAAAGUGCGUCGACCAAGUGAAACACCCUAGGUUAUAAAAGAUACACAAACUUACAACCAAGCAACAUCAAGAGGACCUUAUUGGAAGAAGUUAUCUAGCGGUGUAUUUUUUGUUUCUAAUUUAAAAAAAAUAGUUGAAGAAACUAAGAGUUCAAGUAGUGCAUCUUAAUGAUAGAAUAUACAUAAACACACACACUAACAAACAACAAAACACCUAGCAAUAGCGACGAAUGGCCGGUGGGAAAGCAAUACCAGCGGGCCGAAAUGUGGACGACAACGAAUAACUGGAAACUGACGAGCGAGGAAAACCG